CGCCUCGGAAGCACUCAGACCACAGUGGCCCAACUGCAGCUCCACUACGCCACCGCUAUUCAUAUUCGAGCAGCUCGAGUGGUGGCAAGUUUUAUCCGGCCGAUCACAGAUGCCGCAAAUCCUUUCAACAGCACAGAGGUCUUGGACGUCUCCGACUGUCAAACGGCAGAGGACUACGACAAGCUCUGCAAACAAUUACCGGAGGAGGCUCUCGUGCCCUGCCUAGCAACAUUGUGCAAGUCCAUCUGGAACAUUCUCGUCUGCUACCACCGCACCGCUCUCUGGCAUGAAAACGAGGCCAACGGGCACACCCGGUCGCGGUUUCCUAAAAACUCUUCCGAAGAGGAGCUGUUAGCCGAGGUAGGCAUCGCCCGUUUUGGUCUCAUUUUCUUUCCUAAUUUACCCUAA